GCGGGAUUACUCGAGCCACUCAACGCCAGGCGGGUCGUUAAAAGCUGCAGGUGUGGAAGACAGCAAGAAGGAUGAUCCAGUAGGAACAGGGAUAUCCCACAACACACCGGAGGGUGUCCGCACUGGCACACUUGAAUGCGAAGGAUCUUACGUUGUGUGGGGUUGUCCGACGUGCAAGCGGUUCGCCGUGCUGACGGGAGGCCGCAGGAGGGGUCGAAUGAGGCCGCUGGCGUCGGCAGUGAGGAUCGAGGAGCUCGUCUCCUACUCCCUCCUUCUUGCCUCCUGCCGCCUUCCCAUGCAGUCCCAAGACUCUCAAUGGCAUGAUUUAGCCUUCUCUCGUCUGGAGGUCGGCUGUGGCUUCCGGCGUUUCCAAUCGAACAGACGCCGGGCCCCCUUUCCACGUUGAGCAGAUGAAGCUUGCGGUGUGGUGCGAUGCGGUUCGUUGCUCUCAUU